CUAGCUCAGUUCUAUGUUUUGUGAGGUAGAAGGCUGUAUGGCCGCGUAUUUUUCCGUUUGUAAAUAAACGAGUAAAGAGUAGGAUGAUUGGAAGUGAUUAUACGUUGGAACUCUGCAAUGUCUUCCAUUCGGGACAGGUGGAACCAGGCAGCUUCUUCCAGCGUUUGACAGGCGGGGUCAAGACCGGGGUCAUAUUGAAGGAUGUGUCCUUCGCCACGCAGAGCGGAGAGGUCACAGCCAUACUGGGCUCCAAGGGGAGCGGCAAAAGAGCACUGCUCGACGUGAUCAGCCGACGAGCACCGUCCAAAGGCCACAUUCUGCUCGAGGGUAUUCCCCUGGAGAAGGAGCAGUUCAGGAGCUCGUGCGCCCUGGUCAAGCACUCUACGCGGCUGCUGCCUGGUCUUAGUGUGCAGCAGACACUCAGCUUGUCGCUUACCAAGAUUUCGGGGUACAUGAAAUCUUCGAAAGUUAAACAGGUGAUGGCUGAUCUAGCUCUGUCCCAGGUUGCUGACAAGUGUGUGACAAGCCUCACCAAGAGCGAAUACCGACGCCUGGUCAUCGGCGUGCAGCUUAUAAGGGAUCCACUGAUUUUGCUCCUGGACGAGCCAACUUGGGAUCUGGAUCCUUUGAACACAUAUCUCGUGAUAUCGAUCCUCUCCAACGCCGCCAAGAAGUAUGGCACCACUAUCAUACUCACUAUGGAGAAGCCCAGAUCGGACGUAUUCCCGUUCCUGGACCGCGUGGUGUAUCUGUGUCUUGGCGACGUGGUGUACGCCGGUCCCACGCGCAACCUGCUCGACUACUUUGGCAGCAUCGGCUUCCCCUGCCCACAGCUGGAGAACCCGCUCAUGUAUUAUCUGUGUCUAUCAACGGUAGAUCGUCGAUCACGCGAACGCUUCAUCGAGUCGAACCAUCAGAUUGCUGCCCUGGUGGAAAAGUUUAGGGUGGAAGGUCCAGCUCUGAUGCAGACCGCCGGUCCACGAGGCCUCAACAAGGUCCAGCACAGCUACGGCAAAAUGACUGGCGUUUCUGUAUUGUGGAUGCUGUACUUACGAAUUCUGGCAUCCAUCUUCAACUUCAAACGUCACGGCAUCAAACAGAUGUUCAUGCGACUGUUCUCGCUGCCGAUUUACUUCUUCAUACUGUGGCUCUUCUACAAUGAAGCAAAGGAUUACCAGAGAGCUUUCAUAACGAAAAGCGGACUGAUAUUCAACGCUAUGAUCGGCACUUACUUCAUCAGCAUCAUGAACACGAUAUGUCUAUACGGACCAUACAGAACGCGUUACUACCAGGAAUCUCAGGACGGUCUGUACAGCGGCGCCAGUCUGCUGCUGUCGUGGAACCUCGUCUCUCUGCCCUUCUCCCUUGUAACCGCGUUUGCAUCUGCUGCUAUAGUCUACCCUAUCCUAGGGGACAUAUCAGAGAACCUGGACUUCCUAUACUUCGCGCUGGUGAUCUGGUCGUGCUACAUCUACGCGGAACAGCAGGCCAUAGCCGUGAUGAUGGUUGUCAAGAACGGCCUCAUAGCUGGCAUCGUGAACAUAUACCUCACGUGUAUCUACGUUAUGCUGGCUAGUGGAGUACUCAGAUCGUACAAGGGCUACGAGGAAUGGCUGUACUAUCUCACAUACAUCACCCACACACGGUACGCCUCGAUAUUCCUACACCGAAACAUCUUCAAGCAGCCAACCUUUAACGUCCUACCGUACAGCGACGAAGAAAACUGCACCUCCAUCACUAAUCUCAUACAAACAUCCUCAAACAUCAAUACAAAUUCCAAUGCCAACUGUAGAUACCCUAGCGGCAAAGCGUUCCUGACUGAAAGAUUCACCGCCAAAGGUUUCGGAGGCGACAUCUAUCACACUGGUGAUUUCAAUAUGGAUUUCAAUUUAGGGAUAUCAUUCGCUUUUUCAUUAGGCAUUAUUAUAUUUAAUAAGUUCUUAUACCUUAUGCCUUUGCCUUGUUACAUAGUUGAUAAAUUUAGUGAAUAAAUAUGUACAAAAUAGGAUAUUGAGGGAUGUUUGAAGCAUAAAAAGAUGAUAACAUUUAGAGCUUUUAAGCCCAUAAGGGGCCAAGCGCUGCAUACAUGCCGUCAGUAUUUACAAAAUCCUGGUGUUUUCGAGGAUGCAAUAAUUGCUUAGCUGCCAAAUCAAUAUGUUGCUUUGACGAUGCUCCGUACGGCCCGACUCAAACUCAGUAGAUACUAGAUUCACAGAUACACGUAUAGGUUCAUAAGGAAUAAUAUCUUACAAUGAAUGAUGAAUAUGAGGUAAUUUGUAAUUAUGUGGAAACCUGUACCAUUAGUUUCAAAAGUUAGAAGCUAUAGAUUCUAAAGCUUAGAAUAGUAUAGAAGCUACUAUAGAAAUUUAAAAAACACUCAUUGAUUUAAUGUUUUUGAAGAUCACUGCCACAAGUAUUACACUGCUUACUAUGAAAUGUAUUGUAAUGUGCAUUUUUUUAUUCAAUA